AUGGCUCCCACAGCAGUCUUCGAUUCUCCUAGCCACACCGUCAGCGCCCAAAUCGCUGACCUCAAGGCUCGAGCCGCCAGCAAGAGUCUGAACGGUGUUGAAGCAAAGGUUGUUGACGGCAAGGUCGAAGUUCAGCACUCCCCGUCGCCACUUGCCGAUGAUUACAUGUAUGACUUCCAGUACAACCACAGUCUUCCCACACACGACGCCCUCGGUGUUGCCAUUGCGGAGGAUGUCGAUGCCACCAAGGUCGCCAAUGACCUUGUAGCUCAGCUUUCAAAUUUCCUGGGCAACGGCAGAGCCCAGGAGUUCGCAGAUCUCUUCAUCGAAUACGGUGUCUGGCGUGACAAGCUCACCUUCACAUGGGACUACCGAACCUUUAACUUCCGCGAGAACAUCGCCAAAGCCGCUAGGGAUCUGCUCCCCAUCACCCACUGCAGAGACUUCCAAUUCAUAACCCCCCUUCCCAACAUUCAGAGGCCGUACCCCGACCUUUCAUAUUUACAAUUUGCGGUGUCUUUCGACACUGAGGUGGCCAACUCCCAUGCAGUGAUCCACGCCGUUCAGACCACCGAGGGCUGGCGCCUGUGGACUGUACACACGGUCAUAGAGAGUCUCCUCCAGUUCCCACCAGUCGGGCCUAGAGAUGGUCACCAGACCGGUCCCAUCAGCUGGGAGAAGCAACGUGAGAAGGACGAUGAAGAAGUCGUACCAGACGUUGUAAUUGUCGGUGGUGGUCAGAACGGUUUGAUGCUCGCCGCCCACCUCAAAGCACUGGGUGUCCCCGCUCUGAUCAUCGAGAAAUCCGACAUUAUUGGCGAAAUCUGGAGGAAGCGCUAUGAAUACCUCUCUCUUCACUUCCCUCACUGGGCCGACCAUUUCCCAUAUUUCCCUUAUCCCGAACAGUGGCCCACCUAUACUCCUGCCCAAAAGAUGGGUCUCUUCAUGGAAUGGUACGCGUCCGCCCUGGAACUCCACGUCUGGACCAGCUCUACAGUUGUGAAGGCCGACCAGGAUGCGUCUGGUAAAUGGACAGUGCAAGUUAACAAGGGUGGCAAAGAGACUCGGACCCUCAAGCCCAAGCACCUCGUUAUGGCCACGUCCCUCUGUGGAGUCCCAACCACCCCCGUCAUCCCCGGCAUGACUGAAUGGAAGGGUGGUGUCUACCGUCACUCCACCACCCACGAUUCAUCUCGUGAAUGGGUCGGUAAGCGAGUCCUCGUUGUCGGAACCUCGUCUUCUGGUAUGGAUACUGCCUACGACUGUGCCCGACGGGAUAUCGACGUUACCCUCCUACAGCGGUCCCCUACUUAUGUCAUGUCCCUGACCCACUCCGUACCUCGGGCUAUCGGCGGCUACACCCCCAAGAACGGAAUUCGGCCAGAUAUCGAGGAGGCUGACCGUGUGGCCUUCGCUACACCCACUGGCCCAGGCGAAGAGCUCGGCAGGCGGAACGCUGAGGUCUUGGAGAAGCUUGACAAGGACCUUCUUGACGGCCUCCACGCCAAAGGUUUCCAGACCUACCGGGGCCAACGGGGUACUGGUAACACCACUCUUGGCUCCACCCGAAACGGUGGCUUCUAUUUUGAGGCCGGAGCAUGCGAGCAGAUUAUCAACGGCAAGAUCAAGAUGGCGCAAGGCUAUAUCGAGAGGUUUACGGAGGACAAGGUUAUUCUUUCUGGUGGCCGCGAGGAACACUACGACCUUAUCGUGUUCGCCACCGGCUUCUCCAACACUAUCGAUUCUGUGCGGAACACCCUGAGUGACGCUAUUGCGGACCAAUGUGGCCCUAUCUGGGGCAUCGAUGAGGAAGGCGAGCUGAAGUCGGCAUACAAGGAGUCCGGUGUGCCGAAUCUGUGGGUCAUGGUAGGAUAUCUGCCGUUCUCGAGAUUCCACUCAAAGAGAGUCGCACAGCGACUCAAGGCGCUCCUCGAGGGUGUAGCCCGUGCCCCUUACAAAGGAUGA